GCCAAAUUGUUGGGUGGUCUAUGGAUGGAUAAGGAGUGAAAGCAGGAAACAGUUGUCACAACUCACCUGUCAAAAUCAAUUUAUUAGUUUUUAGACUCAGUUGUUUGGAAGAUAAAGUCCAGCUGCAAAAUAUGGCUUAUCGAUUUUCAAAGGAAGAAUUAGAUGAGCAGUUUGAAGAGUUUCUGAAAGAGUCUCUUUCAGAUGAUUCACUUGGAAAUUCAAAGAAAAAGAGCAGCAUGCUUGAGAAACUGGGACAGCCCAGGAGAAAAGAAAAGAAGAAAAAGGAUUCAGUGCCAUGGUGGUUAUCUGAAGAAGAUUCGGAUGAUGGUGGAAUGCUUGAAGCCAAUGGAAAUUUUGUCAAGAUGCGGAACACUUCACAGCCUGUGGGAGAAAGUCAUGAAAAUAUGGAUGUGGAAAAGAUGCAGCUUCAGAAAAGUAAUGGAGAUGCCAUCUCUUUGAGUAGAGACAGCUUGGAAACAAAUGAUUCAGUUUUAGCUUCUGGGCCUAAUCAAAGUAUCAUGGGAGUUGGAUUGGAUACCUUGGAAGAACAAGAAGAAAAAGAAAUCUUCUUUGCCAAGCUAGAACAAGAAGCUUCCUCUACUAUUGAUUAUUCAAGAUUAAAUAAAGAGCUGGAUUCCAAUGAUUCUGUCAUACUAGCACCAUUUAUACGAAAUGAAAAAGCUGAAAAAGAAGAAGAAUCUGAACAUGAAGAGAAAUCUGGUAGCUACAGUGAAGAUUUUGAAGAAGAAACAGAUACUAAUUCUGCCCUUAAAACUGAGGGAGAUCAGGUGAAUCAAAAAGUCGUGUCAGAAGUUGAUUUAAGUCCUCAAGAACAGGAAGAAGCAAACACUGGCAUGCUGGCUAAAGUUGUAUUGCUUGAUUCACAAGAUUCCACUGUAGAACUUCAGAAGGCCAUUGAAACAUCAGAUGUAGCUCCAGGUGAACAUGAUCAGCCUGAAGAUGUCAGUGCAAUUGAAAUAAAUGAAGCAGGUACUUCCUGUGGACAAACCACCAGUGACAUGGAAGCACUACACCAGGCGUAUCAUCACAUUGGUCAGUCUUUGGGAGACACUGAUGAGCAGAAGCUGCACAAUUCUGCAGUGGCAGUCUCAGAAGGCUUAGGGCAAAGCAGUUCACAAAAUAAUGACAUCUAUGCAAAAAACAUGUCAACUGUUGAUUCAGAUUUACCUACUGUGGAGGAAUUGAUGAAAACAAUUAAAGGACAUAGUAUCAGAAAUUUUGAUGUUGACACUGAAAGUCCUAUGAAACUGGUGGGCAGCACAGAAAAUGACCUCAUUAGCCACUCACCCCUUGAAGACCCCCAGAGUAAUGCAGCUUGGGAGAAAAACUUAGUUGAAAAGUCUAACAGAGAAGAAAACAUCUUUCUACGGAGAAGUGUGAAUGACGAUGCCUUUCAGAGGAUGACUGAGAAAAAAAUUCAGACCAUUGAAGAACAGCCUGAUAUACUAAGAGAAAAAAUAGGACAAGACUCUCUGCUUUCACAGGGAAGCAAAACUAAAAAAGCUCUUCGGUCUUGUUCCCUGAAGAAUGAAAGAUCAGGAUCAAUGACAACCAAACCAGUGUCAUAUAAGAAUAUCAGAAGUCCAGCACCUGUACAUAAAAAGAAACCUUCACAUGGUCCUCAUGGACUGGUUAGAACUUCUGGCUAUGGGAAACCCAGUUUACUUUCAAAGCAGUCUUUUCCAGUUAGUGAAAAGAAAACACCAAAAGAAACUUUCAAAAACGCCUGUAUGAAAGCCAAAAGUCCUGCAGAUAGAGCAAAAUCUAAAGAAGCCUUAUUUGCUACUAGGAUAAUAAGAUCUGCAACAAAUGAACCAACUUUGGAGGGAAGUAUUAACAGAGUUUUGUCUGGCCAAUCAGUUGUUAGUAAUCUUGGACACCAGGCUGGGGAUUAUAACAGGCAAUAUCAUCAUGACUUACCAUUUUCCCCUUUCAAAAGCUGUGAUAGAGAGCUGUAUUUGUUAAAACGAGUACAAGCAGCAGAGGAGGACCUGAACACAGCUCGGGAUUUGGUUCAACAGCUGGCCAGUAAGCUUUCACAAAAGGAGAAGGAGAUGGAGGUUAAGGUAGUGGAACUGAAAACACAGCAUGAGAAGGAGCUUUCCCAUCUGGGCCAAGAAAACUAUGUUCUUCAGAGCAAGCUAAGAAAUAUGGAAGAGAUGGCCCAAGAAAAGAGGUCAACCCAUGCAGCAACAAUUCCUAUAACUGAGGAAAAACUGGCACGAAUACAAAAAGAGAUUGAAGAUCAAGAGGUCAUUAUUCAAGGUUAUCAACAGGAAAAUGAGAGGUUAUAUAAACAAAUGAAAGAGCUACAAAUCCAAAAUAAAAAAAACGAAGAACGAAUGUUUAAGGAGAAUCAGUGCAUAAAGUCUGAAUUAAUACACUUAAGAGAAAAGAUAGAGAAGACCAAUAACCAGUCACGAAUCAUGCAGGAUUCUGAGUCAGCCAGAAAUCAGAGUUUCACAGAAUUGAUUUCAGAGCUUCGAGCAGCACAGAAAGAAGAAGCUAAAUUACAAGAAGAGAUAAGACGUCUAAAACAAGAUAAACAAGCUCUUGAGGUAGACUUGGUACAAGCCAAGAAAGAGAGAGAUUUAGCAAAAGUCCAGAUUGCAUCUGCAUCAAGUGAGAAGUCUUAUGAAUUUAAAGUUAUGGAAGAGUCAUACAAACAGGAAAUUACUAAUUUAAAGAAAAGACUUCAGUGGUAUGCAGAAAAUCAAGAUCUUCUGGAUAAAGAUGCGGCCCGUCUUAAAGAUGCAAGAGAAGAAGUUGAAAAAUUAAGACUAGAGGUUGAGAAGCUCAGAGCUGAAGCAGGGGAUCAGUGUGUGCAACAGAAGAAACGUUUGCGAGACAGAGCAGCAGAUGCUAAAAGAAUUCAGGAUCUUGAGCGACAGAUCAGAGAAAUGGAAGGAAUUCUGAAAAGAAGGUAUCCAAAUUCCUUGCCUGCUUUGAUUUUUGCUGCUGCUGCUGCUGAGAAAACAAAUGAUCUUUCAGCUAAAACAAACACAGUUGAAUUUUUGGAGAGAAGAAUAAAGAAAUUGGAAACAGAACUUGAAGGUAAAGAUGAUGAAGCUAAGAAAAGCCUCCGUGCCAUGGAACAACAGUUUCAAAAAAUAAAGAUACAGUAUGAACAAAGACUUGCAGAGCUUGAGCAGCUGCUUGCCUUCGAAUUUAUGAAUGAAACACCAAAACUGAAUGGUGAUAAAGCCACUUCAGCAGAACUUGAACAGGAGCUUCAGAAUUUAAAGAAAACCCAUCAGAUCACUGUUGGAAACCUCCAAACAGAAAUUGAAAAUCUUAAAAGUCAAAAUUCCCAAUUAAAACUCAGAAGUAAAAAUUAUAAUAAAGACUUAGAGUCCAUGGACUCUAAGAUGAAACAAGGUAACACAAAAGACAGGUUGUUAAAACUAAAUGAAGAACUGGUCACUAAAAAUAGAGAAAUACAAGACCUCACAAAAACGGUAGAGAAACUUCAAAAAGAAAGGAUGGUGAUGUUGUCUGAUAAUAAUUUGAGAAAUAAAACAAACACGUAUGGAAACUCUACAGAGGUCUCAAAAAAGAAUACCUCAGCAACAGAUAGAAAGAAUUCCAACACUGAACCCUGUCUAAGCAUUUUCAAUGAUGACAAAGUACACCAACCACAUACCUUUUCUGAUUCUCAUCUCUCGGAAGUUCUGCAAGAAAAUGCACAUCUGAAAGAGGAGCUGGAGAGAUUGUCCCUAGAAAUGAGCCAGCAGCGGGUGAAGUCUCAAGCAGCACUGGCUUAUUCUGAAAGUAACAUCCGAAGGAUGCAGGAAGACACAGCAGAAUACAUUGCAUCUCUGAAAGCUUCCCACCAGAGGGAAGUCGAGAAGAUUGUUUGCCAGCAUGCAAAGGAACAUUCUACUUCUAAAGUAGCUGAACUAAAGAACAGAAUUUCAACACAGGAGAUAUUAAUAAAACAUCUUCAAGAACAACUUGGUGAACAAGAGAGACGUCAAGAAGCUCUUCUAGUUUCACAGAUAAGAGAGCAGCUCCUACAAAAAGAGGUGACAAAAUUGUUGGAAGAACUGAGAGAGGCUAGGGAGAGCCAGAGUCCUGAAAUGAAACAUUUCUUGUGCCUGGAAAAGAAAAUCAAGCAUAUAGAGAGCAGACAUGCAGAAAGAGAGCAUGAAAUUCAAAAGGCAACCCAACUAACACAGCACAUUUCUGAAGUAAGGCAAAACCAGGAGGUUGAGAAGUGGCGAAGGCUGGCACAGCAGAAGAACCAGGAACUGGAGAAAUUUCGAAUGGAAUUGGAUUCAAUACUAGAUGUUUUACGUGAACUGCAGAAACAAGGGGUUAUUAUUCCUGCACCUGAUUCCAGUGGAUUCGGAGUGACAAACAGCUGUUGGAAGGCCUGAUUAAGUAGUAGUUAAGUACAGCAGCAGAAUUUU